GUUUUGCCGAAAUUAUUGCAAAUAAAGGUGUAGUGUCCAUUGAAACAAUAAAUUUGGCUUGAUUUUGAGCCUACAGUGAAAAGUUGUGGUUUUAAUGUUAAUAAGGUUUAGAUUGUGUUAAUUUUCCCGAUCAGCUGUCCUUCCGUUGUGUUUGCCACCGUGCGCGCAACCUGUGCAACCGAUCUUUGUAGCAAAUGGGUAUGAAAAAAAUACCCAAAUUACGUUAAAUCAGUCGGUAAUUUUGUGAUAAUCGCGUCCGAACGUUUCCCCCUUCAUUUUUCAUGUUAUCAUAACGCCAAAUCGAGUCUUUUACGUUUUAAGAGCGCCACCCGGCUUUUCCUCGUGUUUUCAUCAGCCCUCCAUUGUCAAAUCUAUCAAAAUGGCGGAUACAGGUUACAAGAAUCGCAUCCAGAAUUUCAAGAACAAGGGAAAAGACCAAGAUGAAAUGCGAAGACGGCGCAACGAGGUCACCGUGGAAUUGCGCAAGAACAAGCGCGAGGAGACCCUCCAGAAGCGCCGCAAUGUCCCCGUGGUGGACUCCACCGACGAGGACGACAUCGAGAAGUCGCUCUCCACCACGAACUUGGAAGAACUGGUGGCGCAAGCGGCCGCUAUCGACAACCCCCCGCUGCAGCUGAUGGCGAUCCAAACCGCGCGGAAGUUGCUGUCUUCAGACAGGAACCCCCCGAUCGACGCCCUCAUCUCCAGCGGGAUCCUGCCGGUCCUGGUGAUGUGUCUCGAACGGUAUGACGAGCCCUCGUUGCAGUUUGAGGCCGCCUGGGCGCUCACGAACAUCGCCUCGGGCACGUCCGCGCAGACCAACAGGGUGGUGCAAGCGGGGGCCGUGCCCCUCUUCCUGAAGCUGCUGCACUCGCCCCAGCAGAACGUCUGUGAACAGGCCGUUUGGGCCCUGGGGAAUAUCAUCGGCGAUGGGCCGCAGUUAAGAGACUAUGUUAUCGAGCUCGGUGUUGUUAAUCCACUUCUCUCGUUCAUUAAACCCGACGUUCCGAUUUCGUUCUUGAGGAACGUCACCUGGGUUAUUGUUAAUUUGUGUAGGAACAAGGAUCCCCCGCCGCCUAUACAGACUAUUAGGGAGUUGUUACCCGCCUUGAAUGCGCUUAUUCACCACACAGAUACCAAUAUUUUAGUCGACACGGUCUGGGCAUUAAGUUACCUCACCGACGGCGGCAACGAACAAAUUCAAAUGGUGAUCGACAGCGGCGUCGUGCCCAAACUCAUCCCUCUCCUCAGCCACAAGGAGGUGAAAGUGCAGACGGCGGCCCUCCGUGCCGUCGGAAACAUCGUCACCGGAACGGACGAGCAAACCCAGGUGGUCCUCAACUGCGACGCCUUGUCCCACUUCCCUGCCCUCCUCUCCCACUCCAAAGAGAAGAUCUGUAAAGAGGCCGUCUGGUUCCUGUCUAACAUCACCGCCGGUAACCAGAUGCAAGUCCAGGCCGUGAUUGACGCCGGCCUCCUGCCCAACAUCAUCAACAACCUCAGCAAGGGCGAUUUUCAAACGCAGAAAGAGGCGGCGUGGGCCAUCAGUAAUCUAACCAUUGGCGGAAACAAGGAACAGGUGGCCACACUGAUCCGCGAAGGGGUGAUUCCCCCGUUCUGCGACCUCCUCAGUUGUAAAGAUGCGCAAGUGAUUCAGGUCGUUUUGGACGGGAUUAACAACAUGCUGAAGAUGGCGGGAGCGGAGGUGGACCAGUUGUGUACCAUGAUUGAGGAGUGCAAUGGCUUAGAUAAAAUCGAAAUGUUGCAAAAUCAUGACAAUAUAGAAAUUUAUAAAAUUGCAUAUGACAUCAUCGAACAGUACUUUAGUGGUGAUGCGGAUGAUGAUGCAAACUUAGCACCGACCGCCGCUGAAACCGGAUUCCAAUUCGAUCCAAAUACCAACGUACCGAACGAGGGAUUCAAAUUCUGAUUCAUUUCUAUAUUGCUCAGAGUAACUAUUUUGAUCUAGCGCGUUUGCUUCCUUUCCUCCCUAAAUUCUUUUACGGUGGUUUAUGUACGCUCAUUUUAUACGGUUGUGUAAAUAUAGAAUUUUUUAUAAAUAAUUAUGCUCGUAAUUGCUUUAGGAUAUUUAUUUAAUUUAAACGGAAAAAUAUGUCACUGUAUUUUAGUUUUUAUUUUAUUUUGUACAUUUAAAUUAGGUAAAUAUCAACAUUAAUGUAAAAUUUUUAAAAUGACCGUACAUAAGAGACAAUCUGGGCAUGAUCUAAUAAAUCAAAAAACAGUAAGUCAUUAACGGGAUUUUAACAAUUGGACAUGUCAUGCGCAGAUUUGUAUAUUUUUAUGAUAUUAACAGUUUUUUGGUAAACAUCAUGCUAUAUACCUGCGUGUUUUUUAAGUUUACAACGUUUUUUUUUCGUUGUUUGUAGUCAUAUACAUAAUGUUUAUCGAAAAAGAACUAAAUAAAUUGAGAAUUUUAAUUGACUGGUCGCGUUUAAUUAAUAUGAUUAAGGCUAUUAUGUAAUUAAAAAGUAUAGUUUCGUGCUUACCAUUGUAUUAUGGUAGUUGGCAUCGUUUAAAUAUAAUUUAAAAUAAACAAAGUCGAAUCUUC